AUGGCGAUACCUGCCAAUGCGACGGUGAAAGAGAUGAGAACACUGAAGCUGCGCAUGGCGGUUCACUUUAAUUCCCAAAGCCCAAACGUUCAAACCACGUUCGGCAAUUUGAGCGCAUCUGGCUUGUCCUUCUCGCCACACGACCCACCGACAUCAGCGCCCGGAUGUAUCACCGGGUCACUACGUCCUUUGACGAUUGAAGUCCCUUUGAAGGAUCCCUCCGUCAAUUCAUACGUUAGCCGUCAAUACCGCAGCGUCGCUCAGAGGGCUUUAUCCGCAGAGGGCUUUAUCCUGCCGCAAGUCAGGAGCGCUAGCCCCAAAGACUCUAUUCGACCGCAGUUGGGCAGUAACCUUGUCCGACCGUCUUAUUGGAUCACAAAGAACCCCACUGACUCAAGAGCAGCGUACCGCUCGUCCCAGGAGCUAUUACACUUGCCCCAGUCAGGUCAGAUCCUCCCUGCUCAGAGUUUGUUAUAUGACGGUCAUCAUGUUGCCCGUGCAAGUCACCGGAGAGGGGUAUUCUGCACCUCAUUCUAUUUAUACCCUGCCACUGAUCCGCUCAGCCUUCUGACUAACCCUACAUAUUGGAACUUGGACUCGGCAUCUCGUACAAAGCGUGUCGCGCCGAUGUAUUCGGACGCGGCAGGACCUCGGGGUACUAUUCUGAAGGAUGACUGGGCUGGCUGGUAUGGCCAGUUCUAA